AUUACAAAAUCACCAUGUGCUUAUCAUUGGUGGUAACCAAAUUGCUGCAAACCGUAUCGAAUUUGUUUUAGACGCUAAACCUCGAAAGAUAACUCUUAUAACACCACAAUUAAAGAUCUCCAAUAAAGUUAAGGAAUACAUUGAGAAACGUAUCAUUAUACAUAAAGCUGGCGAAUUUCAUGUAGACUAUCUGUCAAAAACUGAUGACCCCAUCGAUCUUAUUUUCUCCGCCGUUGAUGACGUACAGUUAUCAAAUAAAAUUGCGAUUGCCGCCCGUGAACGAAAAAUCCCUAUUAAUGUCGCUGAAAUACCUCAAUUAUGUGAUUUUUGGCUUAUGCCGACUUAUCGAGAUGGUAAUCUUCAAGUCGCAAUAUCGACUAACGGCACUGGUCCUCAAGUGGCGCGUAAACUUAGGGAACACAUUAUUGAAAAUUUACCAAAUAACACAGCAGAUGCUAUUAAUAAUGUAAUCCUUCUUAGGCAAAAUCUUGGUGCCGCAAACAUGUCUGUUCUUACCAAGAUAACUAGCUCGUUGUCUCUUGAUGAACUUGCAAAACUUACACAUAAAGAUAUUAAAGGAUUGACCUCUGAAUAUGCUAAUGUUGAAGUGGAUAAAUCUGAAGUGUCAUCAACGUCCUCUACAAUCAUUGAUGACUUACCUAUCAUUUUCAAAUCAAAAAUUGUUGAUAACUACCCUUCGUUCCCUGAGGGCGGUGUGAAAUUUGUGGAUAAUAAAACAGCUGUAGCGCACGUAGCCUACGCUUUAAGUGAUACUAUUUUUAUUUAUCCAACAGUAUAUUCUAAUCACUCUGGUGAACCUACUUUACAUUGGUCUACACGGAAUAUUGGAAAUGCUUUUGGAAAAGCAUGCAAUGUUGUCAAAAUGGAUACGCGUUCUGGUGCUUCACUCGCAAUUUUGGGUGCCGCGUCUUUUGCGUAUUCCGGGAAGCUUGUGGCUUUUGCUUCAUCACAAUCUAUUGUCUCGAUGUUACCAAAUUUAUACGCUAUUUCUCAAGAAAGAAUACCGUUAACAAUUCACGUAUCCGCUCAAGGUUUCAACGAUAAUAUGCAUAAUACUGCUAAUUAUCAUGACGCGUUAAUGGCACGUGACACUGGUUUUGGAAUAAUAAACUCUUAUUCUGCACAAGAAAUGCAUGAUAUUGCGUUAAUUACACAUUUAAUUUCUGCCUCGACAAAAACGCCAUUCUUGCAUAUAUUUGAUGGUGUUAAGGUCGCUUGUGGAAAUUCCGUGUUAAAGCUCCUUCCUUAUGCUGAAAUUCUUAAAUUAAGCAAAGAACUAUCAACCCCAUCAAAUAGUCCGUCAUCAACAAAAUCAUUAAUAAUUGUGGAUAAAAUCGAAGAAACUGACAUCGUUAAAGCAGUAGUGAAACAUCUUAGUGAUAAUGGUAAAAAGGUUGGAGUUAUCAUAGUCAGAUUAUAUCGACCAUGGUCCGAAAAACAUUUUUUAGCAAUGAUUCCCAAGACAACAAAAAAAAUUGCCGUAUUAGAGCAAGUCGCCGUAAAUUUUGAUGGUUCACAUGAUAUGGGUUUAUCGUUGUUCAACGAUGUUGUGGCUUCACUAAUUGAUUCAUGGACUGGUCAUAUGCCUCAAUUAAUAGACGCAAAGUUUCCUAUAUCCAAACAAUUCACACCCUCUACUGUUAAUACACUUUUACAGCAAUUAGAGUUAGGGGUGAACGUUGAUUUUAACGGUGAUCCUUUGUCAGAUAAUCUCCAAAUUCAAUCAACAUUAAAUAAUGUAAAACGAUGUGUAUUUUGGAACGCCGUAUCUAAGGGAACUUUAUCAUCUAACCAACAUAUUGCAAAUGUAUUAAUUCGUCAUUCGCAUUUAAAUGUUUCUAGUCUCUCCACCUUUGAUGCAUACAAUAAUGGCGGUGUCGUCACUACUAAUUUCUUAUUAGGGAAUGAACUUACAGAUGUAUUACAUGAUCUUAAAAUUGAUGCUGAGUAUAUCUCAAUCCAUGAUGACACAUUAGUCAGCAAAUAUGAUAUUUUAGCUCCCGCUAAAGAUGGUGCCAUCGUUCUCCUCAAUACCAGUUGGACCACAGAUGAUUUAGAAACUAAAUUACCAAAUGACUUCAGAUAUGAAGCUUUUAAGCGUAAGAUUAAACUAUAUAUAAUAGACUCGAAUAAAAUAAUUCAAGAUCUAGGCUUGAAUAUCGAUGAGCAUAUUAGUUUGAUAUUACAAAUAGCAUUUUUAAGAUUGAUUACUAAAGAGUCUAAGAUUAAAUGUGACUUGGAAGUUGCCCUUUCAGAACUUUAUGAAGGCAACAAUGAAAAAGAAGUUAGUCUUAUUCUUCAUUCAGCUGUUCAAGAAACCGAUAAAGCGCUUACCUUUGUUGAACCUCCACCAGCAUGGCAAAUUUUGGAAAAAUCAGAUCGUAUUUUACCUUCUGUUGUUGACAAUAAUUCUUUCGGAAGAUCAAUUGAUCUUCAGUUAAAUGUUAAACCUAAACUUGGGUCUUGCCAUACAGCUGUUCACAAUUUAUUAUUUAAAGAGGCUUUUGGUUUCAGUAAUGUCGAGCGACCUGACGUAGCAGAAAAGACCUUUAUUAUUACUGUUUCCGAAAAUCGUCGUCUUACACCUCCAACAUAUGAUCGUUACCUAUUUCAUAUUGAGUUCGAUAUAACUGGAACAGGUCUAAAGUAUGAUUUGGGUGAGGCUCUGGGUGUAUAUGGUCAUAAUGAUCCCGAAGAAGUUGAUGAAUUCUUAGAAUAUUAUGGGUUAAAUCCUAAUGAUCUUAUUUCAAUACCUAACAAAGAGGGCGAUAAAUUUGAAACAAAAACAAUACAACAGGUCUUUGUUCAGAUUCUUGAUAUAUUCGGUCGCCCUGCUAAGCGUUUUUAUGAAUCUUUGGCUUCUCAUGCCACUGAUGAGAAUGAGAAAAAACGAUUAUUAUGGAUCGCUAGUAGUGAAGGAUCUGUGGAAUUUAAACGUCGUGUUGCAGACACCAUCACUUACGCUGAUUUAUUAUAUGAAUUUACAUCUGCUCGUCCGCCUGUUGAAGACUUGGUUCAGAUAAUUGCACCUAUUAAACCACGUCACUAUUCAAUUGCAUCCGCACAAAGUGUGCAUCCGAAUAGCGUACAUUUAUUAGUAGUUACUGUCGAUUGGGUAACAUCUACUGGUAAAAAACGGUUCGGUCAAUGUACACGCUAUCUUUCUGGCUUAAAAGUUGGUACUCGUGUUGUAGUUUCAAUAAAACCAUCGGUAAUGAAACUUCCACCACGAGAUACUCAACCUGUUAUCAUGGCAGGUUUGGGUACCGGAAUGGCACCAUUCCGUGCAUUUAUUGAGGAACGUGCUUAUAGGAAGUCACAAGGUAAAGAAGUGGGUCCAAUGAUUCUUUAUUUUGGAUCUCGUAAUCGAUCUAUGGAAUAUUUGUACGGUGAAGAAUUAGAAGCUUAUCACACAGAAGGAUUGCUCACGUAUCUUCGACUAGCAUUUUCUCGCGAUCAACCACAUAAAGUAUACAUUCAACAUAAGAUGCGAGAUGAUGCAGAAUUAUUACAUCAAUAUUUGCUAAAAGAUGAAGGUUGGUUUUAUCUUUGCGGACCUACGUGGCCCGUACCAGAUGUGAAAGAUGCAAUUGUUAAUAGUUUUGUAUCUGCGGGAGAAUUAUCAAUAGGCGAUGCUUCAGAUGCAGUAAAUAAGUUAAAGGAUUUGGAACGAUAUAUUUUAGAAGUAUAUUAA